AUGCCGGUUGAAAGAUUACCAGAAGAUUCUUAUUUGCAUAAUGUCGCUGAUGAAACACUUGCAUUAAAUCAAAAACGCAUUCAAGGAGUGGAAAACUCGUAUGCAUGUGAUGUUUGUAAUAAAACAUUUACAUUUAAAAGUAGUUUAAUUCAACACAAACGAAUUCAUACUAGAGUAAAAUCUUUCACAUGCGAAGUUUGUGAUAAGAAAUUGGGCUCUAAAAGCAAUUUAAUCAGACAUAAACGGAUUCAUAUAGGAGAAAAGCAUUUUUCUUGUGAUGUUUGUGGUAAACAAUUUUCCACACAACAUAAUUUCGCUGUACAUAAACAAAUCCAUAUAGGAGAAAAGCCUUUUUCAAAUAACGACACUUGUGAUAUUUGUAAUCAAAUUUUUACGUCCACAAGAAAUUUAAUUAAACAUAAACAAACGCAUUUUGAGGACAAAUCAUUUUCAUGUGAUGUUUGUAACAAAAAAUUUAAACAGAAAUAUCAUUUGUAUAAACAUCAAAGAACUCAUACAGGUGAAAAACCUUUUUCAUGCGAUGUAUGCAAUAAAAAGUUUAGUGACAGGAAGAAUUUGGCACCACAUAAGCGAACUCAUUCUGGAGAAAAACCAUUUUCAUGUGAUAUUUGUGAUAAAAAAUUUACUCAGAAAGGACAUUUAAAUAAGCAUAAAAGAACUCAUACUGGUGAAAAACCUUUUUCAUGUGAAAUCUGUGGCAAAAAAUUUACUCAAAGCGAAAAUGUACUCAAACAUAAACGUGUUCAUACGGGAGAAAAACCUUUUUCAUGUGAUGUAUGUGAUAAAAAUUUCACUGAGCAAGGCAGUUUAAUUAAGCAUAGACGUACUCAUACUGGAGAAAAACCUUUUACAUGUGAUGUGUGUCAUAGAAAAUUUACGAUUAACAAUCAUCUAGUUAGACAUAGACGAAUUCAUCAAGGAGAAAAAUAG